AGCAGGUGACAUCAGGAGACAUGAAUCCCACCUGGGUCCAGCACCUCAUUGUCCUGGGGACGCUGCUGGGAGCCGGCUACACCAGUACCGAUACGGCAGAUUCCUGGUGCUAUGAAGACCCAAAAUGCGGUCCAGAAACAUGGGCAGCUCUGGGGCACUGUAGUGGUACCAGGCAGUCCCCGAUCAACAUCGUCACCCCUGCGGCUGUCCACAAUCCCCACCUGGGGGCUGUGUCCCUCGCUGGCUAUGAGGAUGCCGGGAAGCUUAUCUCCAUGGAAAACACGGGGAAGACAGUGUACGUGCAUUUAGCGGAUGGGCUCCAUCUCAGCGCCCAGGGGCUCCCAGCUAUCUACACAGCCAAAUCCUUCCACUUGCACUGGGGCCAGGGGGCAGCCCAGCAUGGCUCGGAGCAUUUCAUCAAUCACAAAGGGUUCUCUAUGGAGCUCCACAUUGUUCAUACCAAGAACAACCUGAGCAUGGAUGACGCCCUCAAGGAUCAUGAGGGAAUCGCUGUGCUGGCCUUCUUCCUCCAGGCAACAGCCCAUGCACGCCCCUCCCACUCCUGGGAUUCCUUCACCCAGCACUUGAAGAAGGUGGCUCUGAAGGGGGAGGAUAAGGAUCUGGACGGCUCCUUCUCCCUGCGGGGGCUCCUGGGCUCAGUGGACCUAGCCCGGUAUUACCGCUACCAUGGUUCCCUCACCACCCCCAACUGUGACGAAGUCGUGGUCUGGACUGUCUUCCCUGACCCCAUCCUGGUGCCUCCUGGCGUGACUCAGCUGAUAAGCUGCAGAACAACUACCAGCCUCUACAGAGCCUUGGGGAUCACCAAGUGGAGGCCUCGGCGGCCCUCUGAGUCACCCCCAGUUCCUCUUCCACCCCGUGGGCUGCAGUGUUGAUCCC